GUAUAAGUAUCCCAAAUUUUGGGAAGUACGCUUUAAAUAAAUUCGAUGGAAGAACAUCGAUGAUUUCGCCUGUCGCCAGCUAUAUUGAGUUUAUAUUAAAAAAAUAACAAUAUCCAAAUUCGCUCAACCAUUUUCAAUUCUGAUUUUCAAAUUUUAAUAAAAAUUCAUCAAAAAUGGUCUGCAUAUCUUGUUUUAUUGCACCAAUCGUUUUGUUUAUUUGGUAUAAAUUCAUCUAUCCGAUUCUACAACCAUUAAUUGAUCGAUGGAUUGGGGAUUAUCAAUUACCACAACCUUUUGCAAAUCUUUCUUGUCCAUUGCCCGAGAAAAAAAAAUCAGACAAUAAGUUAGAAUGUCCACAGCAAACGACAUCUGAUUCGAUUUCUGGAGAUGAUGAUAUACAAUCCACCAAAAAGAAUUCUUGAAAACAUUCAACAAUAAAAGAAAAUGAAUGGGAACAAAUUUAAAAUAAUAAAAAAAAACUUUAUUUGUUUUCAAAUCAAAAAUUUAUCGAUAAAAAAUUUGUAAAAUCAUUUUUU